CGCCGCCGCCGCCAGGACCCCGGCCGGGAGCGAGAGCCGCGGGGCGGUGAGGCAGCCCCGCCGCGGGACCGCCCGGCGCUACCAGCCGCGUGCCCGCAGGGACCGAGCCGCCCAUGGUAGCCUUCGGUGGUGUUGCCCCAACUUGGGUCUGGAAUAUCCCCCCUUCCCAGAAAUUGGGACCCUGGGUUUGAGGCAAGGUGAACAGACAUGGCGGGCUGGAUCCAGGCCCAGCAGCUGCAGGGAGAUGCGUUGCGCCAGAUGCAGGUGCUGUACGGGCAGCAUUUCCCCAUCGAGGUCCGGCACUACUUAGCACAGUGGAUAGAGAGCCAGCCGUGGGAUGCCAUCGACCUGGACAAUCCCCAGGACCAAGCCCAGGCUACCCAGCUCCUGGAGGGCCUGGUGCAGGAGCUACAGAAGAAGGCAGAGCACCAGGUGGGGGAAGAUGGGUUCUUACUGAAGAUCAAGCUGGGGCACUAUGCCACGCAGCUCCAGAACACAUAUGACCGCUGCCCCAUGGAGCUGGUCCGCUGCAUCCGGCAUAUUCUGUACAAUGAACAGAGGCUGGUCCGCGAAGCCAACAAUGGUACUUCUCCUGCUGGGAGUCUUGCUGACACUAUGUCCCAGAAACACCUUCAGAUCAACCAGACAUUUGAGGAGCUGCGACUGGUCACACAGGACACAGAGAAUGAACUGAAGAAGCUGCAGCAGACUCAAGAGUACUUCAUCAUCCAGUAUCAAGAGAGCCUGAGGAUCCAGGCUCAGUUUGCCCAGCUGGCCCAGCUGAACCCCCAGGAGCGUCUGAGCCGGGAGACGGCCCUCCAGCAGAAGCAGGUGUCCCUGGAGGCCUGGCUGCAGCGCGAGGCUCAGACGCUGCAGCAGUACCGCGUGGAUCUGGCCGAGAAGCACCAGAAGACCCUGCAGCUGCUGCGGAAGCAACAGACCAUCAUUCUUGAUGAUGAACUGAUCCAGUGGAAGCGGCGGCAGCAGCUGGCAGGGAACGGAGGGCCCCCCGAGGGCAGCCUGGACGUGCUACAGUCCUGGUGUGAGAAGCUGGCCGAGAUCAUCUGGCAGAACCGGCAGCAGAUCCGCAGAGCCGAGCACCUCUGCCAGCAGCUGCCCAUCGCCGGCCCCGUGGAGGAGAUGCUGGCUGAGGUCAACGCCACCAUCACAGACAUCAUCUCAGCCCUGGUGACCAGCACAUUCAUCAUUGAGAAGCAGCCUCCUCAGGUCCUGAAGACCCAGACCAAGUUUGCAGCCACUGUGCGCCUGCUGGUGGGAGGAAAGCUGAACGUGCACAUGAACCCCCCCCAGGUGAAGGCCACCAUCAUCAGCGAGCAGCAGGCCAAGUCGCUGCUCAAGAACGAGAACACCCGCAACGAGUGCAGUGGAGAGAUCUUGAACAACUGCUGCGUGAUGGAGUAUCACCAAGCCACAGGCACCCUCAGCGCCCACUUCAGGAACAUGUCACUAAAGAGGAUCAAGCGUGCUGACCGGCGUGGCGCAGAGUCUGUGACAGAGGAGAAGUUCACAGUUCUGUUUGAGUCUCAGUUCAGUGUUGGCAGCAAUGAGCUUGUGUUCCAGGUGAAGACCCUGUCCCUUCCCGUGGUUGUCAUCGUUCAUGGCAGCCAGGACCACAAUGCCACCGCCACCGUGCUGUGGGACAACGCCUUUGCUGAGCCGGGCAGGGUGCCAUUUGCCGUGCCUGACAAAGUGCUGUGGCCACAGCUGUGUGAAGCGCUCAACGUGAAAUUCAAGGCCGAAGUGCAGAGCAGCCGGGGCCUGACCAAGGAGAACCUCGUGUUCCUGGCGCAGAAGCUGUUCAACAGCAGCAGCAGCCACUUGGAGGACUACAGCGGCAUGUCCGUGUCCUGGUCCCAGUUCAACAGGGAGAACUUGCCAGGCUGGAACUACACCUUCUGGCAGUGGUUUGACGGGGUCAUGGAGGUGCUGAAGAAGCAUCACAAGCCCCAUUGGAAUGAUGGGGCCAUCCUAGGUUUUGUGAAUAAGCAGCAGGCCCAUGAUCUGCUUAUCAACAAGCCAGAUGGGACCUUCUUGUUGCGCUUUAGUGAUUCGGAAAUUGGGGGCAUCACCAUUGCCUGGAAAUUUGACUCUCCUGACCGCAACCUGUGGAACCUGAAGCCGUUCACCACAAGGGAUUUCUCCAUCCGGUCCCUGGCCGACCGGCUGGGGGACCUGAACUAUCUCAUCUAUGUGUUUCCCGACCGGCCAAAGGAUGAGGUCUUCUCCAAGUACUACACUCCUGUGCUCGCUAAAGCAGUGGACGGAUAUGUGAAGCCACAGAUCAAGCAAGUGGUCCCUGAGUUUGUGAGCGCAUCUGCAGAGUCUGCGGGGGGCAGCGCCACCUACAUGGACCAGGCCCCCUCCCCAGCCGUGUGCCCCCAGGCUCAUUAUAACAUGUUCCCACAGAACCCUGACCCCGUCCUCGAUCAGGACGGAGAGUUCGACCUGGACGAGACCAUGGAUGUCGCCCGGCAUGUGGAGGAGCUCUUACGCCGCCCCAUGGACAGUCUGGACGCUCGCCUCUCCCCACCUACUAGUCUUUUCACCUCUGCCAGAGGCUCACUCUCUUGAAUGUUUGAGUCCCACACUUUUCUUUGGAAACAGUCCUCAAUGGGAAGGGGUCAUAGUAGUUGUGAUUUUAGUAUUGCUGUGCAUAUUGGCGCCUUUGCAGGUGGCACGUGAAUGUGCUGCACAGGUGCGCCUGCCUCGGUUUUGCCAUUCUGGGUAUGUGGCUGCAGCAGCAAGCUGCUGCCUUUUUCUUCAGAUCAAGGCAU